UGCACGGUGGGAUGGGGACGGCGCAGGAGCUGUGAUUCCCCUGGAAUGGGCUUUUCCUGCCCGGCUGUGGCUGUGGGGGGUGCCCGGCCUCCCCCAGCCCCGUUUGUGCUCCCGAUGCGAGGUUCGCACAUGUUGCUCCACUUCACAGCUCCCGAGAGCCUGCUCUCAAAAACAACUGAAAAGGACGGGGUGUCCUACGUCCUCAGGAUCGAGGGGAGGCCGUACACCGUCCGCCUGCAGCAGCAAUUCUUCAUAUCUGAUGACUUCAAGAUUUACACGUACAAUAAGAAUGGAUCUUUGCGCUCUGACUCGCCCCGUAUCGAGGGCGGCUGCCACUACCGGGGGUACGUCGAGGGCUUCCCCAGCUCGGCAGUGACCCUCAGCACCUGCUCGGGGCUACGGGGUUUCCUGCAGUUUGAGAACGUCAGCUACGGGAUUGAGCCCCUGGGCCAUUCUGCCUUGGAGUACUUUGUGUAUCGGGUGAGUGACAAGAAGCUGGCCGGAUCCCUCCUGGCCACCAGCCUCGACGAGAGCGAGCCAGACGGGCUGACAGUGGAGGAGACGGCGAACGAAGCCCAGGGAGGUGACCAAUCAGAGACCAAAUACCGGAGGGAGAUGGCACUCUACAUAGUUUUGGAAAGGGCUUUGUUCAACUACCUGGGUGCAGACGACUAUGUUGUGACACAGAAGAUAGUUCAGAUCUCCAGCUUGCUCAACACUAUGUUCAGGUCUUUCAAUCUGACCAUCAUGCUGUCUGCCAUGGAGAUCUGGAUGGACGACAGUACGUUUCAGAAGACGGGGGACGGCGGGGACGUGCUGGUGCGGCUGCUGCAGUGGAAGCAGAGCAGCCCCGUCCUGCAGCCCCACGAGGUGCCCUACCUGCUGCUGUACAGGGACCGAGCGGCGUUCGUGGGCGCGACGGCGCUGGGGAAGGCGUGUCAGAGAGAUGCUACUGGCGCAGUGGCCGUGUAUCAGAAGUCUGUGACGCUGGAGUCCUUCUCCGUCCUCCUGGCCCAGCUCCUGGCACGCAGCCUGGGCAUAAACUACGACAACCCCAAAAAAUGCCGCUGCCCCGGGAGCAUCUGCAUCAUGACCCUGGAGGCACUACGUGUCGGUGGGGUGAAAGCCUUCAGCAAAUGCAGCAUCAGGGAGUUUAAAACCUUCCUGAAGCGGAACAAGAACUGCCCUUUCAUCAGGCACCCGCUGCGUCACGCGUCCUACCGCGUCACCGUCUGCGGCAACGGCGUGGUGGAGCCGGGCGAGCAGUGCGACUGCGGGGCGGCCGAGGCCUGUGCCUUGGACACGUGCUGUACUCCCCGGUGUAAGUUCAAACCAGGAAUGCAGUGCUCCCUGGGACUGUGCUGUGAAAACUGCCAGUUCAAGAGGAAGAACUCGCCGUGCCGCCCCGCCGCCGACGCGCAGUGUGACCUGGCCGAGUUCUGCAACGGGUCCUCCGCCUCCUGCCCCCCCGACCUCUACGUGCAGGACGGGCACAGCUGCGAGCGCGGCACCGGCUACUGCUACCGGGGACACUGCCAGUCCCCCGACCUGCAGUGCCAGGCGCUCUACGGCAGAGGUGCAAGAAAUGCGCCUUUGGCCUGUUAUGAAGAAGUGAACAGUCAUCAGGAUAGGUUUGGAAACUGUGGCAAGCACCCAAAGGAUGGCUACCAGCCCUGCUCCUGGCCGAAUCUGGAAUGUGGGAAGUUAGUAUGUGCAUUCCCAAAUCAUAUUCCCUUCACAAAAGCCAAGGGAGCCAUCAUUUAUGCUCAAGUGCAAGAGCAUCUGUGCGUGUCUUUCGAUUUUAUGCGUGGCCCCACAGAGCUGGAUCCUCUCCUGGUGAAAGACGGCACCAAAUGUGGCCCCGGAAAGGUUUGUAUCAAUGGCACGUGCCAGCCUCACGCAGUCCUGCAGUACGACUGCAACGUGCAGGAAAAAUGCCACGGGCACGGAGUCUGCAAUAACCAGAAGAACUGUCACUGUGACCCGGGCUGGAGCCCCCCGCACUGCGAGACUCGAGGGUCCUCCAUAGGGGGGAGCAUCGACAGCGCCCUGGGCCCCGACGACUCCACAGGCAGAUCCAAGAAGAAAUGGCUGCUGCUGAGCUUGGGCGUCAUCCUCCCCGUCCUCAUCUGUGGCACCAUCGUGGUUCUGAAGCGGAGACGGCUGAAAAGCCCCACGGCCGAGGAGGGCAGCGAUGGCCAGGACUCGGACUCGGACUCAGACUCACACUUGGACCUGGACCUGGACUCACACUUGGACUUGGACUUGGACUUGGACACGGAGCCGGACACGGAGCCAGGGACGGGGCAGCGCGACGAGCACUAAUAAAGGCAUUGGA